CUAAGAGCGACAUCCGAUGGGGAGGAUCGACACUCGGAGACGCACGGGUCAAGCGAGCAGGGGAUGAAUUUGAACGUGACACUCCUCUCCUCUGCUGCAGCGAAGGGGUCCUACACAUGGAUGAACUGGGGGAGGAGAGAGCACAGUGAGGCUGUCAUGUAAGCUGUCUCCUCUGGGGCCACCUCUCGGUGCGCACUGCUUCCUGCCUUAGCUAGAAGCCUCAGUGUUACUGCUGCUGAGGCGUCAGACUGCUCGCUCUCUUCUCCUCUCCCUCCCAUUGAGAAGGCAACAGCUCCACUCUCAAAGCACUGAAAUGGAGAAGAGCUGCUCAGAGUGCUCAGAGCCAACACUUGCCCAGAGUCUGUGCACACUCUGCAACAAGUGGUUGUGUUACCAGUGCACAGAUGUGCAUCAGCAUCAGAGAGCUCCUGCUACAUCCCAGUACACAGACAUGCACCAACAGCAGAGGCCCAGUGCCACCCAGUGUCCUGACCUGCACCAGAGAGGCUCCAGUUCCCUGCCACCAACUGGACAAGGCCCGGGGUCGUAUCCUUGUUCCCUCCUAAUGUGCCACUCUCACAGACAGGAGCCCUUGGAGCUGUUUUGUGAGUCAUGUGACCUUCUGUGCUGUAGCAGCUGUCACCUGUCCUCCCACAAAAACCACAGGGUGGUGCAGAUCGGGAAGGCCCUCCAGGAUCAGCAAUGGCUGUUUGAGAGCCUGAUGGUGCAGGUGGAGGAGAGGAGGUCCGCAGUAGAGAACAAUGCUAAAAAGAUAGAGGGCAGACUUCAUGGAGUAAAGAUUGCACACAGGAAGGCAGAGAACCAGAUUAAAAUGGCAAAGAUGAUUAUGAUGAAUGAGCUUAACAAACGAGCCAACCUAUUAAUAGAGCAACUGGAGAAAAUCUCCGAGGACUUCCAGCAGGGUCUGGAGGAUCAGCUGCAGGGGGCAAUAGAGAUCUGCAGCCAGCUGGACCACGUUCAGAAGUUCAUCACCUGGGCUACGACCCACCAUUGCAGAGGCCCGGUGCUCUUCAGCAGGGCUCUGAUUUCACUCCAGAUGCAGCAACUGCUUGAGCCAUCACUCCACUCAGACUCUUGGAAUCCUGUCAAGAUCAAAUUCAACUGGGAUGCUAGUUUCUGGAUGAAGCAGAUUUCCUCUUUAGGCCAUCUGACUGUUGAAGGGGGAAACUGCACUUAUCCUCAGGGUUUUGCCUGCUCCAGCAUUAUGAGGCCUCAGCCCAUCACCUGUUUGGCUCUGCCACCUGUGUUUCACAGAGGACGAGAGCCAGGAUGUGGAUACCAGUCCUGCUGUGAGCCCCAGAUGUGUUGCCUGCAUGGCAUUCCCUCUCAGCCAGAUCGGCCCAGUCUUGACAAAAGCCAGGUGGAAGCCACACUUUAUAACCCCAGUUGUGUUCAGCCUGCCCUUAUCUCUGCCUCCCUGCAUCAGAGCCAGCAGCUCCAGAGGUGCUGGGACACAGAGAGCUCCAUGCACUGUCCUCAGCCCACAUCACCUGUUCCGAUCAUGGGACCCAUCCAGCUCAACUGCAGUCGGGGAUCUACAUCCCAGCCACAAGCUGCUGACUCCCAACCCCACUCUCAGUCUAAAUCUUAUCUUUCUCAUCACCCACACCAAAGAGAGAUUCAUUCAGACAGCCAGGCACAGCUAAGUGCAGACCGUAGCAGGCCAGGCCGGUGUCAAGGGAAGCUAUCGAUUAGCACAGGUCUGCAGCAGGAGCUUGGCCAAACAGCUGUGGACAGAGAUGUGAUGACUGAAGAGAGCUGGGAGGAGAGAUGCAGAGUGCAGGAGACUUGUGGUCACACAGCAGUGGUUGACAGCAGAGAGCUUUUGGACGAGGACCUGCAGCAGGACAGGAGUGAGCAGAGUCCUGUCCAGCAGCAGCAGCAGCAGCAGCAGCAGCAGCAGCAGCAACGUCGUGUUCCUCCGGCAGCAGAACUGAGAGAAGAGCAGCAGAGGACGAGACCUGCACUGAUGCUCAGAGACCACAGGGAUGGCAGGAGAUCUACGUCCCUGGAGGUGUCAGUGACAGCCCACGACUGUGUAUCUGACGUGCAGAGCAGCAGGCUCAGCCCUAGUACAGUGUGCGCGAGGAGGAAGAGACGCUCCCAGAGCAUCCCGGCAGAACUGGCAGCCCCAUCCUCCAGCCCUUACACUGAAAGGCCCACAGGAUGCACUCACAGCCUAGAGGCAGGAGCUGCAAAUAAGUAUGCCAGUAUGGAUCCCAGACAGAGGAGAUCUUCAGAUGGGGUGCUUUGUGUUGUCAAGGAAACCUCGUCUGACACGGCCGCUCCCCGCAGCCACCGUUCUCCUCUGCUGUCCUAUAAGACAGAGCCAGACAAUUCUUUUACUUAUUUAAAUGAAAAUAUUGAUUAUGAGGCCAAGGAGAAAUGCAGGAUGUCAAGAAAUGGCCACGACAGAGAUGCUCAGAAGGACUCAGGAAGGCCCAGGGUUCCAGUGGUUUGCUUGGAGCGUCUCAAAAUACUCGUUUCUCAGCUCCCUCCACACGGACGACGGCAGAGUGACCCUUUACCUGCCAGCGCCAUGGAGAAGAGUGAAACUCCUCCACCACAGAGAACCUGGCAUGAUGCAGUGCCUCAAGGGAUAGCUGGAAGCUCUGAGACCAGGAGGACCACCCGCUCACUCACAGCACCACCAUAUGCUGCAGAGCGACAAACUCGUAAUCAGUCUACCACACAGUCAACCAACAGUGAGUUUGUCAGCCAAGGAAGAUUCCGCUCUUGUAAAGCACUCACACUGCCCUCCACAGACCCUAAAUAUGUCCCGCAGAGUUACUCUGCACUGGAUCUGGACUCUGACUUUGACCCUAGGUCAGUCUCAGAAGACACAGUUGUUUCCCAGGCUGAUCCAGACCCACAGGUAGACUCAGAUGCAUCACCAGAUUCUGACCCAAAUGCAGAGUCUUCAUCUGAGGCGGAACUUGAAUGUCUGUCUGAGGAGAAAUCAGCGGCUGCAGGCGAGAUGGGACUCUGCAGAGACACUGAUAUUGCAGGGGAUUCAGAGCCAAGUCUUGAAUAUGAGGCAGACCCAGAAUCAGAUGCAGGAGCGGGAUCAGAGGAUGGCCAGGGGCUGGACGCUGAUGCAGAGUCAGAUGAUGCUGAAACAGAAUCUGACAUUCAGCUUGAAUAUGAUCCCAGUUAUCAGGCUGAGACUGACUCUAAUGUUGCGUCCGAUCAGCCUCCCGAGUCUCAGGGCUCUGUGGAGUCUGAGCUUGACGUUGAUUCUGAACCUGAAUUGGCAACUGAUGACCCACAACCUCUUCGCUCUGACCUGGAAGAGGAGCCCCACAUUGGACCUGUUCAGAGGUCGCUUCUGAUCGCAAACCCUGCACCUCUGAGGGGGCCAGACGAAGUCCAACCAGAGCAGGACAGUGCAGAGAUGGAGAGUGAGGACUUCUGUGCUGUGUGUCUGAUUGGAGGGGACCUGCUGUGCUGUGACCGCUGUCCAAAAGUCUUCCAUCUGUCCUGCCAUAUCCCGUCUCUGCUCAGCUUCCCCUCAGGUGACUGGGUGUGCAGCCUGUGCAGAGAUCUUGUGCAGCCAGAGGUUGAAUACGACUGUGAGAACGAGAGAACAUCUGGAGAACACAAACUGGCACACGGACUGUCUGCAUAUGACCAGAGAAAAUGUGAGCGGCUGACUCUUCUGAUCCUCAGUAACAUCCUGAGCGCUCCCUUCCAUGAGCCCGUCAGUCCACUUGCUCGCCAUUACUACCAGAUCAUCAAGAGGCCGAUGGACCUGUCUGUAAUCAGAGCCAAACUCAAUAAGAGGAACACUCGACAUUAUAACUCACCAGAUCAGUUUGUUGCUGAUGUCUGUCUCAUGUUCCGCAACUGUGCAAAGUUCAAUUAUCCUGACUCUGAGGUGGCCCAAGCAGGCCGCAGCCUUGAGGCAUUCUUCACUUCUAAGCUGAAAGAAGUUUUCCCAGACAGAGUGUUCCCUGCGGCUGAGGCAGACUCUGACAGCGACGAGUACGAUGAGGCCUACAGGACCGCUGAGAGUGGUUUCCCCUGGCCAGAGAGGAGGGAGCAGUGCCACAGGAAGAGGAAGAGGAGACACUCUCUCAAGUCGAGGAGACAUCACUUCUAACCAGAGGUGAACCGGGUGCAGCCAUGGACACAAAUCUGCUGCAUUUGUGUUUAAUCAUACUGUUUUUGUUGAGUAGCAUGUGGGGCUGUCACAGUCUUUCCAUUCUGUAAUGUGAAAGUUAGCCCUCUUUGGGGUUUGCGGUAAUAUCAUAGUGCUGCCAUCUGAUGGCAGCUGAACAUAUUGAAACAAUAAUUGAGCAAUUAUUAUCCCUGCAGACGUCAACUGAUCAGAGGAGCAGAGAGUGUAAAAAAUAUCAGAAAAAGUUUAGGUUACAUAUUAUAUGCUACACAUUUGGAACCGUAUCUCUUUGGAGAAAAUCAAAGAGUAUGUUGAGCUGCUUCUGCUUCAAACAAGUUAUAGUAGUGAGGUGAUGCUGUCAUUGUUUCUGUAUCAUAUCAUAUUUUGGACAUUGAUGAUUUGCCCCUGAUGCACUGGAAAUGACUAACUGUGUUUACAAUUAGACCUCCUAAAAUCACAUACCUUACAUUAUAUGCCAUGUAUAUUGUAUAAAGAGGAUGCUGUAAUUGGAUGUUCAUUAGUCUCACUUUGCAUCUUUAUUAAGUGGCCCUUUUUUUAGGUGAACAUAUCCCUCAUUAUACACAGCACUUUGAAACUUUGAUAUUAGUAAAUUCUGUAUUUUACCAUAUUCGUAAAUGUUCAACAUAUUUAUACAUGUGUAACUGUACAGAACUUUAUUUUACUAUAUUUGUCAUUUUAAUUACUAAAUGAUUGCAGGCAAUUAUGAUAGGUUUGAUUAUUGAUAUAAUUAUGUGUCUCAGUAGCUUUUUUUGAAAAGCAUCAGUGAAUCCUGUUGACUUUGUCUUUUUGAGCAGAGUGAUACAGAAUGUGAGUGAUUGAGGGAACUAUAACCAGUGUUGGAGCUUAACAGGGCAUAUGUAUUUUCAUGUUUGUUAGAGGAUUUAAUAUCUAGAUUAAACCAUAAAUUUUGCAUUUAACCAUAAAUGUUGUAUUACUCCAUUAUCUAAAUAUCUCAGGCUGAAUAAGAGUGUAAGGUAUUGAUUUCAUUCACAAUUGAUUAUUUAAAAAAUGUCCUUGCUUUGUAGAGCCACACUGUUGAGAGGAAAUAUGUAAUUUUAUAAUACGCACUGUUGUAGCGCAUUUCCUGUUUUUAAAUAUACUUUACUUGCUUCCUGCUGCGUAAGAUAGACUUUUACAGUAAUUAAUGCACAAAUUAUUAUCUGUAUCUUGAUCAUUCCCAAGACUAGUGAAUAUACAGUAAACCUGUAUGUUAUGUUACUUCUUUUUAAAUCAAUGGAUGUAAUAAUAUUUCCUAUUGUCUGAGGGAAGACUGCUAAACUAUAGUUACUGUCUCUGUUCUUUUUUUCAUUUUUUUUACUGUAACAGUAAAUGCACAUAUAUUAAUAUCAAUA